UUACGACAAGACCCGUCGCCGCGUCUCUUCCAAUACAAAGAACACCUUAGUAUUGCAAAAAAUCUGUGAUGUAUUGAUUAAUUCCAACUAAUAACGAAUGGAAAUGUGUUGUACCAUACAAUAGUGUAUCAUAAACGAGUGUGUUAACGUAACAAAUGAUCGUUUAGACGCGUUUCACGGCGGGCCACGUAGGAAUUCCACAUUUAUCGACGAACAAAAUCUUGUCGACGAACAUGGUGGACACAGUGAUGCAGUGUCGAAAUUGAACGGAUUACUCGAGUUUUAUGUGUGAAUUGUGCAGGUUUAACAAUGGUUUCCUAUAGAAAAUAACGUUUGUCAAUGUAAAUAUGGAGUGGUGCGCGUAUAGGAGACACGACAAAGCAUAGUUACGCCUUUUGUAUCGAGGUGUUACCGCGUCUUCGAUCGGAUAAUGCAAGUUGAAUAAAAGAGCCAGAAUGGUGUCCCUCGCUUACUUCGGCCUCCGGCAGACGCCUUGGACCUUCUUAGUGUUGAUGUUCAUCAUCGAAACCGUGAUGGGCAACUACGCAAAGUCCUUCUAUAUACAUUGGAACACAACUAAUAGUAUAUUUCGGAUAGACAAUACAGAUCACGUAUUCGAUCUCAAUAAAGGGAAUGCACAGUUCGAAUACGACCAAGUGAAUAUUAUAUGUCCAGUGUACACACCGGGGACUUUUGAAGAGGACACAGAGAAAUAUAUAAUAUACAACGUUAGUAAAGAAGAAUACGAUACGUGUAGAAUAACGAAUCCUAACCCAAGGAUUAUAGCUAUUUGUGAUAAGCCGCACAAACUCAUGUUUUUCACUAUAACCUUCCGACCGUUCACGCCUCAGCCGGGCGGGCUGGAGUUCCUGCCUGGCAAAGAUUAUUAUUUCAUAUCUACGUCUAGCAAGGACGACUUGCACAGGCGUAUCGGGGGCCGUUGUCUCACCGACAACAUGAAGCUGGUGUUCCGAGUGUGCUGCAAGCCUGAGGAGCAGUCCCCGGCGCCGCCGCCUCAGCCGACGUAUCCUCCGCCGCCGCCGCCACCUCCUAGCACCACGACGACCACCACAACGACAACAACAAUAAAGCCAGUGACGAAAAAGACGCACAAAUACGACAAGGCUCAGAACGAGGUGGUGAAGAGCGAGGAGUUGUCGUACUCGAGGGGAGCGGCGUUGGCGUCGUCGCUGGCGCUCGCCCUGGCAGCUCUGGCGGUGCUGGCGCCGCUGGCUCGGUGAAUGUGCGCCCGGGCAGCGAGACCGCAGCGUCCCGACCUGCUUGCUAAGCCGUGUCCAGCUCACACCACGCAGACUUUACAGUCGAUGCACCUCCGCGCAGACACCCUGGUCUACACGUGAAGUGCGUGAGCUAAAACUGUGCUAAACUGUGUAUUAGUGUAGUGGCAAAGUGCCCCAAGGAUUGUGCACUGUUUGGAUUAUGAAUGGACUUGUAAGUACGUAAAUAAGGUAGAUUUCAAGAUCGGGUCUGAGUCUGACGAUUGGUGCCGAAACGCUGGGUCGCGUCGUGCAAAAUACAUGUUCCAUCACAAGUUCCAACAAAAUUUAGUAUGUAAGGGACAAGUGGAAAGCCUAAUUUUGACUACUGUACUAGAUCAGGCCUACUAAUUAACUGAACUAAUAUAUUAUACAAGUUCAUUUUCAUAGCAGGGCUACUGCGAGAAAUGUAGUU